CCAAAACCGGGCGACACCAUUGGCUUGGCCCGGUGGAGGGGUGCUGCUGCUCUCUAAGCAGGGUGGAUGGAAGGAAGGCAGCUUUCAAGUACGGAAAACGAUGAGGACAGCCACCUGCGAGGGCUUGUGUUUGUUCCUGUGAACAAUGACGAACACGUAUAGGGAUUCAGGCAGAGCAGGUCUGGGAAAUGAGGAUGAAUUUGUGGAUAUAUUGGAGGAGAGGAGGCGCAGCAGCGAUCUUGGCUAUGCCCUCAGGACAUUCAGCCCCAGCCCUUACAACGGAGUCCCAUCUUGCUCCACGGCCGACCUCAACAAAGCCGUGCUGGAGUCCCAGUAUCUACGCUACAUUGCCAAGGAGAUCGCCACGGAGACGGGGUCAUCGCUGGAGGAGGUAAGAGAGGAGGCUUGUGGGAUUUUGGAGGAAAUGUCUCAAAACCUGCAACUGGGUCCCAUUAGGCUGAUGGCCUACAUACUCACCAAGGUGAUAAAGAGACUCUUCACCAGCAUCUACAUCAACAUGGAAGGACUCAACGCGCUCCAACAAGCUAUUCAGGAGAAUCCUGUGAUCCUGAUGCCCAAUCACAGGAGCUAUGUGGACUUCUUGGUUAUCUCCUACAUCAUGUUCACCUACGACAUCCCAAUGCCGGUUAUUGCUGCAGGAAUUCCUCUUGCAGGGAUGAAGAUGAUCGGAGAGAUACUGCGUCGCACGGGAGCUUUCUUUAUCCGACGUGCCAUUGGCUCGGACAAACUGUACUGGGCAGUGCUGUCAGAAUAUGUCAGAACCAUUGUCAAGAAAGGAUAUGCUCCUAUGGAGUUUUAUGUUGAAGGCCUGCGGAGUCGCACACUGAAGUCCCUGAUGCCCAAGUUAGGUAUGAUGCACAUGGUGCUGGAGCCCUACUUUAAAGGCGAGGUGUACGACAUCAUGUUGGUCCCCAUCAGCAUCAGCUACGACCGAGUGCUGGAGGAGUCGCUGCUUGCCCACGAGUUACUGGGUAUCCCCAAACCCAAAGAAAGCACCACGGGUCUGCUGAAGGCUAGCAAAGUGCUCGGGGAAGAUUACGGCAGCAUGCAUGUGAACUUUGGCCGUCCCAUGUCAGUCCGGCAUUUGUGUCAGGGCAAGAUAAACCGCGGCCAGUACAACCUCGUACCUAGAGAUCUUCCUCAAAAGCCCAGCGCAGAGGCUCAGGCCUUUGUGAGUUGGCUGGCUCAUCUGGUGGUACGAAUCCAAGAGGAGGGCUCUCUGAUCAGCCCUUGGUCUCUGAUGGCGUGCCUGUUGCUGCAGGCUCCGACCACAGUCCUAACAGAGGAGGGCCUGCCGUGGCAUCAGCUUACAGAAAAAACCCUCUGGCUCAGGAAGCUGGCGCGUGACUUUGGGGCUCGCCUGCACUGGCCCGGACAAGUUACCGACCAGGAUGUGAUGUCAUCCAGCGUGGAUCUUCAUCGCACCGUAGUGCACCGUAAAUCGGGGCGUGUCUUCCUGGUUCGGGAGGAAGAGCGCGAGAGGAAACAUCCAAUCGGCCCAGAGGAGGAUGUGGUCAGGACGGCGGCGGCGGUGCUGAUGAUGGCUUCCUAUAGGAAUCAGUCUAUGCAUGUGUUCGUGCGUCCCGCCCUGCUUGCGACAGCCAUGCACAUCACAAAGACAGCACAGAGAGACGAGCUCUUCGCCUUCUUUUGCUUCCUACGGGACGUCUUCUCCAACGAAUUCAUCUUCGUCCAUGGGCAUGGGCAUGACUUUGAGGAGGCAUGCUUCCUCCUGAAGAAAUGUGGAGCCGUCCACAUCAGUGAACAGGAAGUGACAGCAUCAGACACGUCAGACGGGCUGGAGGUGUUAUCCUUCCUGCGGGCACUUCUACAACCCUUCAUAGACUCUUAUCAGGUGAUGUUCAGGUACCUCUGUGAAGACGGAGUUCACGUGUUCGCCGAGAAACAGUUCCUACCUGCUGUGCGAAAUCUGGCUACAAAGCUCAUCCUCUCAGGUGAGCUUCACACCUAUGAAGCUCUUUCGUCCGACAUGCAAAAGAACGUUCUGUCGGCCCUGCGGAGACUCGAGACUGUCACCAAGUUGAGGGCGUCUGAGCAGAAUGAAUACAGGGUGAACAAAGCAGUUGUCAGAAGAAUCGACGACGUACUUUCCGGGAAAAUCCCUCCCCAGAUGCUCCAGUCUACACCUGACGCAAAACUUUAGCCUCCAUUGGAACAGAUCCAUCGUCAGUAUCAGCUCACAGUCCUGUUAACCCCUACUUGACCGUCUCCACCUCUUCUUCCACCCGUGCCUUUAUGCAGCUGUCGGCAGAACUGCUGCACUUUAAAGCUAGAGUUGGUAAUGUUGAGAAACUAGCAAGCAAUGAAAGUAGCUAGGAGCACUGUAGCUCCAAAAGUCGCUAAAUCUAGCGAGAAAGUCGCCAAGUUUGCAACACUGAGAGUCCGUCCGUCAGAAAACAAAACUGUGUAAAGAAGGCGUCAGGCCUCCCUCCAGAGCCACUCCCCCAAAAUUCAAAAUGAACGUAAACAUAUAAUGAACGUAAAGAACGAACUCUAUCACAAAAUGAUAGGAUGGGCUUAUUACAGUCCUGCGACAGCCACAGAUAUCAGAUUUUUUUUUGUCAGCACAUUUGUUUUAUUGAUUGCCGUUUUUGCCAAAUAUUAACAAAUAAAACAAAAAAAAAUGUUUUCAAAGAACAUUACCAACCCUAGCUUUAACUCUGCACUAUGUGCACUCAGACAAAACACUUAAUAUCCUGGAUGCCAGCAGUGGACCGACUUAACCGUGGCAGCGUUCCACACUUUGCUACCUCCCCCUCGCCGUGUCCUUGUUGUCAUCCCGUACAGAUCUGAGAGGGCUAAGAUAAAGCUACGAAGACCUGAAGGUGACAAAAGGGCGACAGUAUUGCUGAUUUUGUUUGAUGGCUGUAAUCAGAAUUAGUCGAUCAAGAAAGGUAUGACUGAUGCACUGGCGACGCCUGUACAUCUGAACUAUAACUGUAUUUUAAUCAGUUGCAUUGUGUUAGUAUGUUUCUGUCCUAUACAUGUUGAUUGACAAAGCUGGCAUAUGUCUAAUUGAGGAGAAUGAACAAUAGAGCACUUUAAAAUAAUUGCUGGCAUAGAAAGUGCAAUUAGAUAAUAAUCACUGAAUUAUGACACUUGAUUGUAUGUAAAUUAAUGUACCAAUAACAAUGUCAAAUACCAUAACCCAUCAAAGAUUUGUUUGAGACAUUUAUUUUAACUUCUUUACAUCUUAAUAAAUGUAAAACAAAGGUAA